UGACAAACUUGACAUUGCGAAAGUUGUUUUGCCAUUUUCGUUACACAGAUCUAUUACUAGAUAGAUCGUCGAAAAUAAGAACAUAAGAAGGUAAUCGAUCUGGCACAAUAAUUUAAUGAACCCCACAACAAACCCUCAAAGCAAUUAUACCGUUAGACCACCAGUUCAGAUCGAAGCCGCGACGGACAUGCCAGCGGAUCGACAGACCACGCCACCACGGGGAGAACAGCUUGCCGCCGCCGCCGCCCGAUAAAACAAAAGGUACCGCCGUCUCGCGUCGCCUCCGCCUCCCCCGCGCGCGUUGCGACAAACAAUGGGGUUCUCCGACUUCCUCGCUUCGCUGAAAGACAACCCGUAUUUCGGCGCCGGUUUCGGUCUCUUCGGCCUCGGAGCGGCGGCCGCGAUCGCGCGGAAGGGCCAGCAGUACGCGUACGUGUUCUUCCGUCGCAACUUCACGAUGACCUUGGAGGUGCCGAGCAAGGACAAGAGCUACUCGUGGCUGCUGCAGUGGAUCGCCGUGCACUCGCAGCGCUCGCAGCAUCUCAGCGUUGCCACGACGUUCCGCCAGCGCGACGACGGCAGCAUCGUCACGCGCUUCGCGUACGUGCCGAGCCCCGGCGACCACUUCUUCCGAUACGGCAACACGUGGAUCCGCGUCGAGCGCACGCGCGAGAAGCAGAUCGUCGACCUGCAGACGGGGUCGCCGUUCGAGAGCGUGCAGCUGACGGCGCUCGGCCGCAGCAGCGCCCUCUACACGCGCAUCCUCGAGGACGCGCGACGCAUGGCGACGCGCGACACCGAGGGGAAGACGAUCAUGUACACGGCGAUGGGUCCCGACUGGCGGCCGUUCGGCUACCCGCGCAAGCGGCGCCCCCUGACGUCGGUGAUCCUCGACGCGGGGGUGGCGGAGCGCGUGAUCGCCGACGUGCGCGAGUUCGUCGCCGCGCCGCAGUGGUACACGGAGCGCGGCAUCCCGUAUCGCCGCGGCUACCUGCUCCACGGUCCGCCGGGAUGCGGCAAGAGCAGCUUCAUCACGGCGCUGGCCGGCGAGCUCGGGUACGGCAUCUGCGUGCUGAACCUCAGCGAGCGAGGUCUCUCCGACGAUCGCCUCAACCACCUCCUCAGCGUCGCUCCGCAGCAGACGAUCGUGCUGCUAGAGGACGUCGACGCGGCGUUCGUGUCGCGUGCCGACUCCCCGUCGACGCGCGCCGCGUACGACGGCCUCAGCCGCGUCACGUUCAGCGGGCUGCUCAAUUGUCUGGACGGCGUCGCGUCGACGGAAGCCCGCAUCGUCUUCAUGACGACGAACUACCUGGAGAGACUCGACGCGGCGCUGAUACGCCCCGGGCGGGUCGACGUUCGAGAGCUGAUCGGGCACGCGAGCGAACACCAGCUGCGGGCGAUGUUCCGGAGGUUCUACCCGGAGGAGAGCGAGGCGGCGGCCGGGGAGUUCGCGGAACGCGCGGCGGCGCACGGCCGACCGGUGAGCAUGGCGCAGGUGCAGGGGUUGUUCAUGGUGUACAAGACGGACCCCGGCGCUGUGCUGCAGAACACUGAUCGGCUGUGGACGUUGUAGCGUCCGCUGCGGCAUUGCGCACGCCUGCGACGUCACGCCAUGUAGGGCUGUGCGUGUGUGUGGAUUUGUAUGCACAUGCUUAUAUUCGAAGGGGAAGGAUGUUGUAGCGUCCUCUGCGGCAUCGUGCAUUGUGCUAUAAUGUGUGAGGCAGUGGCAGGGAACAAAUUACUUUUUUUUCACGGGAGCUCUUUUUCAAAAGUCUGUGUAAAAAAUAGCUCUCGCCAAAAAUUUUACGCGAGCUAUUUUGAGCCUCACGGGAGCGAUUUCGGAGGUUUGAAGAGCGAAUCGCUCAUCGCUCCCGUGUAUUUUUUACCCUGGGCAGUGGGAUUAUAUAUAUAUAUAUACGCAGUGUGUGGGGGUUUGUACGCACGUGUGUUUUGAAGGGGAAGGGUUAGAACCGCAUCUCUUGGAUCGAGUUUCUUCUUGAAAUGACCGAUCUGAAGUUUCUUUCUCGUAGGACGGUGAAUGUUUGCAAAGUUUCUGCGAGGAAUUUGAACGUGUCGUGAUGAGUUAGUUGUUCCUGGUGACCUUCCGUUCUCGCAAUUGUGAUCGUAUUGUCGUGAUUCUUGGCGUCGGUCGGGUGCAGCGCGUCGUGCCGUCUGAUGGACUAUCGGGAUGUGGUUUCCGUGACGAUCAUUGAAGCAGAGUUUUUGUUGAGCGGUUUAGCAUUUGGAAUGGUUGACCAUUUUACGUAGUAGGCGAAGAUUUUAAAAGUGCACAAUUGAUAACUAUUAACAUAUAUGCAAGUACACAGGGUGCGAAAUUAACGGGAGUCCGGAGUCAAAUACUCCCUGAUUUACUGCCGGACUCCCUGAUUUGACAUA